AUGUCCAGGCCAAGAUCCAGGACUACUGAACUGUUGGACCAUUGCUUUCCCAAUCAGAACCAGACCAAGAAUUGCUGGCAGAACUUCCUAGACUUUCAGCAUUGUGAGGACACCACGACUGAGAAAGGUAGAGAUGUGUCUAUCUGUCUUUGGCACAAAUGUGUCUACAAGUCCCUCUGUCCCUUGUUCUGGGUAACUGCUUGA